ACAAAAAACACACACACAAAGCGGAGUUAAAUUCGCACUAUAAAACGUGGCAACCUCUACUCACUUUUGCUUCAUCUUUUUGUACAACACACUUAUAUAUUGUGUUUCUUGGAACCCCUUUUGUUCUUUUGCCGCCGGACACUGAUUUCGAUGCGCCGGAAGCUGGUCGGAGCUUGAUUUCAGCUGCAAAUUGAAGCCCUUUUUAUAUAUAUGAGCUUAUGAGAAUAUCUGAAUUCAUAUUCGUCUAUGAGGGUAUUUAAAUCGUGGAGGUGGCUACUGAGAAAAAGACAUGUAUUGUUUGAAGGGGUAACUUGCAACUUCAAGAUGAAACCCUUAAUGGGAUUUGUAUGUACCGUGAUGUUGUUCGUUGUCUAUAAAACCACAAAUUAUCAGUAUCUGCAGACUGAGUUGGAUACAAAAUUGCAUCCCCUCUACGCAUCACGGGAAGUGGACGAGGCUUGGAGAAGUUUAAUUCGUUUACCUCGUGGAAUCGUUCAAUCUACCUCUGAUUUGGAAUUGAAGCCUUUGUGGACGACUAACAAGUCAAAGGCAAAUGUUCCUAGUCCUUGUUACUUGCUGGCAAUUCCUGUUGGUAUUAAUCAAAAGGAUAAUGUGGAUGAUAUAGUUCAGAAGUUUCGUCCAGUUAAUUUCACAAUUAUAUUGUUCCAUUAUGACGGGAAAGUGGAUGGGUGGAUGAAUCUUGAAUGGAGCAACAAGGCCAUUCAUAUUGUUGGUCAGAACCAAACAAAGUGGUGGUUUGCAAAACGUUUUCUACAUCCUUCGGUUGUCUCUGUUUAUGACUAUAUAUUUCUAUGGGAUGAAGAUUUGGGGGUGGAGCAUUUUGAUCCAAAAAGUUACUUGGAUAUUGUUAAAUUUCAAGGAUUUGAAAUAUCUCAACCAGCAUUAGACCCAAAUUCGACUGGUAUACAUCACAGGAUCACUGUACGAAGUAGACGCAAGCAAUUUCAUAGAAGAGUAUAUGACAAAAGAGGGAAAACAAAGUGUUCAGGUGACAGUGAAGGUCCACCAUGCUCCGGUUUUGUUGAAGGUAUGGCUCCAGUGUUUUCAAGAUCUGCUUGGCUUUGUACGUGGCAUCUCAUUCAGAAUGAUCUUGUUCAUGGAUGGGGUUUGGACAUGAAACUCGGUUAUUGUGCACAGGGGGAUCGCACAAGGAAUAUAGGCGUUGUUGAUAGUGAAUAUCUAGUUCAUCAAAGCAUACAAACUCUAGGUGGACCAUCCGCAGAGAAGGGUCCAAAAACUGAGGAGUUGUUAAAGAGACAUACUGUUGAUGUGCGGUCUGAGAUAAGAAGACAAUCUACAACAGAGCUUCAAAAAUUCAAGGCGCGCUGGGAAAAAGCCGUAGAGGAGGAUAAAAACUGGGUUGAUCCUUUUAAAAGGUCGAGAAGACCGAGACCACCAAAAAAACGUCAAGAUACAGUGCAGCCUGCAUAAAGCAACCUGGCUGCAAAGAAUCACAUUGCUCUAACAUGCUCGUAUUUGCUGAAGUAUAUAUAUAUAUCAUAUAUUGUUGCGCAGCUAAUCUAUGUAUACAGGAUGCCUCGUCUUUUUUGUUUAUUAAUCAUUACUUGUUUCUGUAUAGUGGAUACUUGGUAGCAUUUUAGGGAUCCGCAUGUUAUAUUGUAGUGGUUGGAUUAUACAUGUGCUGAGCAGAGAUGGAGCUCCAAUAACAAUACAAAAUAGGAUCUGGCCUUUUUGAAACAAUUCUUUCUUAUGUAAGAUCCCAAGGGAUAUAUAUCAUUCAUUAUAUUCUACGAAUUCCUUUCAGACAGAAUGACACCUGUAUGAACUAUGAUUAUCUUAUAAGGUUCUCAAUUAUUCUUA